GAACAAGUAUUAAAGCCAAAUGUUUUAUUUUUAUGUGUAAUGGAUGCAAGUGAUCAGUAUAUUAUUGUGUCUGAAUAGAACGGUGGAAUUUGGAGGACGACUUUGAGUUGAAGUGCUCUUUCAUGCCAAACGGUUUAUUUCUUUAGCAUGUUUGUUUGUCAGCCUAAACUGCUUUCUGUUACCAAAGUCCCACAUAAAUGAAAGGCCUUCUACUUUUUAAUGCAGUAAUCUUUUGCAUGACCAUCCUUCAGACCUUAUCUGGGACACAGCAGCGUUAUUUUGUUCUCUUAAAGGACUAGAAGGUCAGCGGGUAUCUUUUAUUUUGUAUUUAAAGCAGUGCAAUGUUUCCUGCAUGUCUACAGUGUUGCCAGCAGAAGGGCACAUGAGGACACAGAGCCAGUGUUGUGUUACAGGGCUUCAUUAUACACCGUCAGAGUUUCCACAGCAACGGGUGAACGAAUCAAACGCCCCUACGCUCAAUAAAGCAAAACCUGGCACUGUUUGUGUGAGUGCGCCAAACUCAUUAAUCUUUUAGUACCACAAGCUGUGCAAAAGACUAUAGAUUGCGUUAGAACAGCACAGACGGACCAUGUACAUUAAACUGUGUAAUUUCGGCAAGUACACGGACGGCAAAGUAUCGUCUGGGGCGAAGCAGCAGCCGGAUUCAGACACAUCACCAGAUAUUCACGGGAAGAUUCGUGUUUACCGGAUCAUUUCACUGAUUCUCUUUGCCAUCUGCGUCCUGUUGAUGAUUGUGGUCCUUGUGCUGUUUGUCAAGUUGACUGGGAAGCAGCCAUGUGAGAUUGUAAAGGACACUGACAGGACUCCACUGGCACAGGAAUGCAGCUUGACAAAAUGCCAAGAGGUUUACAGACAGCAAUCGGUUCAUGACAGCAAACAGUGUGUGUGCAGUGAUUGUGGCAGGGACUGGUUGCGUUUUGAGAAUUCUUGCUACUUCCUGUCCCAAGACCGUCUCACCUGGCAGAAAAGCAGGGAGGAGUGCCAGAGGAAGGGAGGAGAUCUUGCCAUCAUUACUAAUGAACGUGUGCAGAUGUACCUGACUGAGAAAGGGAAGUUGCACUACUGGAUUGGGCUAAAUCAUGUGGGGACAAAUCAAUGGGCAUGGAUUAACAACAAUGUAUUGACAGUGAGAUAUUGGGGAAAUGAUUCCUCCAGUGGGGACUGUGCUCUCCUAGCUACCAAUGAACCACCUGAACGGAGCUGGCACCCAUCCUCCUGCAGAAUAUACUCACAGUACAUCUGUCAGAAGAUCUUAGGAUCUGCUUAGCAACACCAGCUAGCAAAAUCACCUGCAUAUCUGGUCAUCAGAACUUAACUCCUAUAAUUAAGACAAUCAUUAAUCUUUUUCAUCUAAAAAUUAGUCAAAUGUAGUGAGAAUUGAGCCAACAGCAUACAGUGCAUUGCUUUUUUUGCUCAACGUGCAUUACGUAGUUAAGCUUUAAGGGGCAGAAAAAAUGUUUUUUGGAAGCUGUCAAGUUUAUUUGUCAGUAUUAUCACUGAACUAAUUUUUAACUGUUUAUUUGCACUAAACAUGUCUAAUGUACACACAAUAUUGUAAUAAAAUAUAUGCUUGAAUUUCA